AUGGUGGAAACAAAAUCUUCUGUUCAUCCUGCUCUUGUUGUGCCUAAUAUCAAGGCUAACAUACCCAUUACUCUUGAAAUGGCCAAUGUCCAAUAUUCUACGUGGGCGGAAUUGUUCAAAAUUCACGCGCGAUCUCAUAGGGUCCUUGACCAUAUCAUCCCCCCUGCCAAGGGUAAGGAAAAGGUUCCUUCUACCGACGAAGAGAAGGAAUUAUGGUCUACUUUGGAUGCCACAGUCCUCUCGUGGAUCUAUUCCACAAUUUCGAAUGAGUUGCUGCAGACCAUUAUUGAGCCCGACUCUACGACUAUGGAUGCUUGGAAUCGAUUGCGUGAUAUAUUUUAA